AUUAGUGUAAGUAUUGAAGAUUUGAUUAUAAGACAUCAUAAGAAAUAUUAAUGCGGAAUUCCUAUUUUCAGUAUCGUAAUGCUGGCCAUGCUGGGCUCCAUCGGGAUGACCAUGAUCAUCCUGGCCUGUGCUCUUCCGACGUACAAAGUAUGGUGGCCAUUCUUUGUGGUACUGUUCUACAUUCUGUGUCCAAUUCCGACGCUGGUAGCCAAGCGGAACCAAUCGGAUGACGAUGAAUCACGGAUCACCAACUCGAUGUUUGCCACUAUUGGAAUCGUCAUCAGUAGCUAUGCCUUGCCAAUCGUUCUGGCCCGGUCGCUGGUGAUCCACUGGGGUGCCUGUUAUUUGACCCUGGCCGGGAACACGAUUGCCUACAUUACCAUCCUUGGGUACUUCUUCGGGUAUGAGUCCGGGGAUUCCUGGUAGUCAUUCUCCGCAAUCUGAAAAAGUCAUUCUCAACCAACACAGUGUGUAAAAUUCCAAUACAUUAAACUGGUAUGGCUUAGAACGGGAGAGAUCUACUUCAUAGUCUGUUCGCAGGACCAGGCAAAAAAUCUUCGAGCAAAUCGUUUCAUUAGACUUUUUUCCGGCGUUUAGUUAAAAUUAAAGCAACUAAGUAAUUCAUAAGCUUCGAUCAUAGAAACUCUGUCCCUAUACACAUACUCCUGUGUAUUGAAGGAACUAUCGAAUCCAAUAAAUGGUGUGAUUAUUAUUUUUA